UAUUUGUCAAAAACAGACAAAAAGCUUUGUAACCCAGAAACUACGAUUCUUGUGAGUGCGCUUUGCAUCCACCUAAUAGACGUAUUUACACGUUGCAUAAUACAUUUACAAGCUUCCUGAAUUUUUGGGGAAAACAAAAUAAACUUGUGAACAGAAACCUUUUUUACUUUCAGACAUACUGCUGCUAGUCUUGCUGGACAUCGCUAUUGGGCAGUCUAACAUUGUAUUACAGAGUGCAUAAACUGAUGUUGAUAAAAGUAAGUGAAUAACGUUGCCGUAUAUUGUAACUGCUGAGGCAUUAUCUCAUAGUGAUACAGAUCACUGCUGUCCCCGUAACAGCCGACCUGCUGUCAGUAUUUGUAGGAAGGGUAGUCCUGUGAUAGUCCUGGCAUUGGGGAUUUGGGUUAGGUGCCUUCCAGGCUGUAGCAGUCCAUGACUUGAAUGGUCUGAAGCUGUUUUAGCAGCAGGUGAAGGAGUAAAAGCAUAUCAGGCAGAGGUGGCAAUAUACACUUCUGAAUUUAGGUUAUCUCUUGCUCAUGUGGUAUGCAUUAUUGUUAGAGAUGACGGUAAGCUGCAGCCUCACCAGCCACUGUGCAUCAGAGCUGACACAGCAGCGUCCCUUCCACCUGACCACAGGGUUCCAGCAGCAAUGAGCAUGGAUAGAGAUCACCGGGAUACUGUUGCUCUUUGGGGGAUUUAGUGUAUCACUCUCAAUGGGAAGGAUGGAUGGCUUCUCAUUUUCUGCAGCAACACAUUAAUCCUCUGCGGGUUCAAAUCAUCACAGAUUACCAGGAUCCUCUUGAGAGCCCUCCGCUGAGACCCUGAACGUUGCAAGCUGGCCCAGGCCACAUUGAUGCUGGUGGGCACUGGCCUGUUACUCUCCCUGCCACCUGCUUCUCCACAGCUCCCACUUCUUGAGCCAUCAUGGCUAUGAGCAGUGACGCUGGCUGUGAGAGGCUGGACCCGAACUCUUCUACGCAGACCAGCGGUCUCACAGACAUCAUGGCCGCCAUGACAACAAAAGACUCGGAUGGCUCAGCCGCCAGCGGCGCGAGGAACGGUGGCUCCCAGCAGGAUGUGGCUCAGGCCAAGCGGCCUCACCUGACUGGGAGGAAGCUGUCUUUGCAGGAGAGGACGCACAUCUCCCCUCGCAGGCCUACUGUGGAGUGUAAACGGGUGUCCAUAUCUGACUCCCAGGACUGUAUCCAGUUGAACCAGUAUAAGCUGAAGAGUGAGAUUGGAAAGGGCUCCUAUGGUGUGGUAAAAAUUGCCUACAAUGAAGAUGAUGACAAACAUUAUGCCAUGAAGCUGGUGUCCAAGAAGAAGUUAAUGAAGCAGUGCGGGUUUCCUCGUCGCCCACCCCCAAGAGGACCAAAGGUGGCCCAGGGGGAGCAGCCCAAACUCUUAGGACCCCUGGAAAGAGUCUACCAAGAGAUCGCCAUACUUAAAAAACUGGACCAUGUCAACAUCGUCAAGCUGGUGGAGGUGCUGGAUGAUCCAUCGGAGGACAACCUUCACAUGGUGUUUGAGCUGAUGCGUAAGGGCCCAGUGAUGGAGGUGCCCACAGACUGUCCUUUAUCAGAAGAGCAAGGUCGCUUAUACUUCAGAGACGUUAUCCUGGGUAUCGAAUACUUGCACUACCAGAAGAUUGUCCACCGGGACAUCAAACCCUCUAACUUAUUACUCGGGGACGAUGGCCAUGUGAAGAUAGCAGACUUUGGAGUCAGCAACCAGUUUGAGGGCAACGACGCUUUGCUGUCCAGCACUGCUGGCACUCCGGCUUUUAUGGCACCAGAGACGCUGUCAGAUGCGCGCAAGAGCUUCAGUGGAAAAGCACUGGAUGUUUGGGCCAUGGGAGUUACCCUCUACUGCUUUGUCUUUGGAAAGUGUCCCUUCAUUGACGAGUACAUACUGGCUUUGCAUAAUAAGAUAAGGACCAAGCCUGUAGAAUUCCCAGAAACGCCCAAAAUCAGUGAAGAGCUGCAGAAUCUGAUUUUACAGAUGUUGGAUAAGAACCCAGACAGCAGGAUCACCAUCCCAGAGAUCAAGAUGGACCCGUGGGUGACCCAGGGAGGUGCUGACCCCCUGCCUCUGGAGGAGGACCACUGCUCUGUGGUAGAGGUGACAGAGGAGGACAUCCAGAACUCAGUCAAAUUCGUUCCCAGCCUCUCUGCAGUGAUCUUGGUAAAGGCCAUGCUGAGAAAGCGCUCCUUCAGUAACCCUUUUGAGUGCCCAAGCCGGCGAGAGGAGAGGUCCAUGUCUGCACCUGGUAGUCUGCUCAUGGACUCGUGGCCCUUCCGGCCCUCUUUUAAACUUCAGCCCUCACUCAGAAAGGCUAGCACGGGCGAUGGACCCAGAGAAGGAGAGCUGGAGGACCUGCAUGAAGAUGAGCCCUCCUCUUGAGUCCUAGUGACCCUCCUGCGUACGCAGCAUCCUCUUUAUAUCCACUGUGUGCUUACGCCUUCAUUCAUACCUUUUCCUCAAAGUGGUCACACAGUGCAAACGUAUCAUUCUGCACCUGAAACACAAAAACUCGAGUUUUUUGGUUUUGUUUUUUGGGGAGAAGUUUGUCAUGUGAUGUACACGCUUGCUUCUGCGCUGUGGAGCUUCCGAGUUUUAUCCACCGUCUUUCUCGUCUCAACCGCGGCAAGCUGAUGCGAGGAACACGAGCACGUCUGUGGGUCAUCACCGGUUUAUUUUACUGGCCUUAAACUGUAUUAUAGGCAAAGACAGACGAGUUUUUCCCAUUAUGCAUGGCGAAUAUUUAGACCGCAUCAUCAGCCUGUCUGCAGCCACCUCACAGGAGGAAACAGACUUCAGCAUGUAAAGGACACUGUACUGUCUCCUAAGUGAACUACGAGGCUUUUAUUUCAUCAGUCACUGUAAUAUUGUACAUACAUGUCUUGUGGUAUCUGCUGUGUUAUUGUGAAGACCCUUUAAGCAUAUCUGUGCCAGCCUUUAUUCUGAAGCAGGUCCUUCCUGUGCUGCCUUCAGACACCUCGAUCGACUGCAGACAGAAAGCCGACUGCCUAAGAGUGAUCGCAAGGAUGACUGCGAGCUGUGUGUUAAUCUGUUAGUGUCCUUCACGCUGCUUCUCCUAAUGCGUCAUCUGUGUCAGUCUGGUGGUUCUUGUUUCUUUGAUGCUCUGCUGUUGGAUUGGAUGUGUUUGCGAUCGGAUGGGGAAAUAGUUUUUGGAUGGUGAGAACGAACAUAGUGGAAAAAAUGAUGUUAUUCUGUAUAUAAGCACUGUUCCAAUUUAUAAGUUAUUUAUAAUAUUAAUAUAUUGUAAAAUUCUUGGAUGCAGAGCUGAUUUUAAAGCAUAAAUAAUCUGCAUACAAAUGAAUCACUGAGUGCUUUGUAGAAGAAAUCGAAUCACGUUGUACGUUAUUAUAUUAAGGAGAAGCGUCUGUACCCAAAUCAUUUUAAUGUGAAAUGAUGCAUGUACCUUUACUCUCAGGAAAACUGACCUGGUCUCUUUUUAAACAAUCUCUGUCACCUAUGUUGAAGUGCAUCGCUUUCACAAAAGAGGAAAAUAAGGAAACUGUGCUUCAGUUUCAUGACAAUCAUCAAGUAUCAGAUACAUUUAGUGAUAGUUUCCCCUUCAGCUCUGUCUAGUGGACCAUGCAGAACUGUCAUUGCGACGUCAGGCUGUUCCCAUAUAAAGCCAUGCAACUCUGAGAAGGAGCAGAAAAUUCAUCCAGAAGAGCUUCAGGCUGACUUUGGAUAAAGAGCAACAGACGUAGGAGGUGGUGCUGGAGCAGGGCUGGUGUUUGUCCAUCCGAAGCUGAUGGUGUCAUGUUUUUGACUUAAUGUUUUCAUUUUGUUGUUGCUCUUGUUAAUUUGAAGUUUUGGUUAGCUUUGAGAAAAGGCCCGUGUAUUUGGGUUGGCACAACGUGUCAGUGCAGUGGCAAACUUUUCAUUAUAAUAAAUGGGAACAAAUAUAAGAUAAAUGCACGCGCUGGCCACUGCAACAUCAUUGUUACUGUUUCUUGUAAAAGUUGACAUCUGCUUACACGAGUGAAGAGGAAGUGAAUAAGAAAAAUAUAAAGCAUGGAUGUCCGUGAACGCAGAAUUGUGUUCUUGUGAUUUGCCAUUUGAUAACCUGUCAAAGUUCCAACAGUAGAUGCUGAAGAUGGCCAAGUGAAUCACCUGUGUACAUGUGAACCCUCUACAGAUGUAGGCAUCGUGGAUAAAAGAAAGAGAACCGUGUCCAUUUAAAGGUGCUUGGUUUAAAAACGGGACAUGUCCUGGUGUAUUACCCCUGUGAGAGGAAACCACGUUGAGCUGGGUGAGUGCUCUGAGCACUGCAAAAGGGUCACUUCAGUGUCCCCCACCCUCUUCAGCGUUGUCCCCUGGCUGGUUGAUGAGAAGCACGGAGUGCAGUUCGUUUCCUCCAGCUUAGGCACGAGGCGUGCAAACAGGAUUUCACGCAGUGUUGUUGAGCCAGUGUGUUUAAUGUCCACAGGGACAUAAAGUCAUAACUGCUGUGACGUCAGUCAUAAACUAUCAUCCAUCCUAACGUUUUGAUGUUCAGCUCUAAAUGAAAGCGGCGCCGAUGUGCCCUGCACAGUAACCUUUAAUGAAGGAAACCAAAAAAUGUCACGUGUUCUGUCUGACGUCACCUGUUUAAACGCUCAUCCUGAUUAUCGCGUUUUUAUUCUGGGUGUUGGCGUUGUGCUGGACGUUUGUCGGGGUCAAAGCUACUUUAUUGUCUUUACAGCUCUCGACCUUUAAACCUGUGUUUUUGUUUAUGACUCUGCUUAUGUUCAAAUUUUUGCACUUUUCCACUUAAAUAUGUAUAAUGUCAUUAUUGUGAGCACUUUUAACACUACUUCGGCCAUUAAACACUGUACAGUUUAUGUGUGGUCCACCUGUGAAACACCGUAUGUGCUGUGCUUAAUGCGUUUCUCACUGCUGAAAAUCCACAUUAGAAGAGAACUGUGCUUGUUGUCUAAUUUUACUGCUGACAACAUGCAAAAUAGUGAAAUACUGUAAAACUCUACGGAGGAGGCAGGUGUGCGCUCAGGACAAUUCUCACUGAUCACUAAAUAUCACUGUAUCAACAAUAUUUAAACCGUGGGAUUUUACUCUGUGGCCAUUUAUACGACCUUUCACAGUGGAAAUCCUGAACUCCAGCAUAGAUUAAUCCCAAAAUAUGUCAGUUUGUUCAUACGGGUCUAUUUCUCCACCAGAGGUUUCCUUCCUUUUAGAUGUUUUUUCAUCAUUCAAAACCCUUGAAUGAUUUAAAUGGCCAUAAAUCAAAGAUCACCUGUGCGUGACCUUUGAAACCCUGCAUAAUUAGAGUAUAUCGGUUUAAGCCAGGUGAUUCCUGUGGAUUGAUCAGACCUGCUGCUGUUACUGCAGUGACACAGAAGAAAAAUCAGUGGGUGUCGCAGCACAGGAAGUGAGUGGCAUGACUCAUUUUAUUGUGAUUUCAGGUCAUAAUUAGAUCCAAAGGACGGAGAUUAUGGUGGAGUCUGUACAUAAUAUGAAAUCGGGGACUAUGUGACUCUCCUGGUCUGUGCGCAUGCGCGUGUGCCUGUAUCAAAGGCAUCCGCCGUCUCGUGUCGUCUCGUGCAUUUCUGAAUGUACUCACUAAAACGGAAGCAUGGCACAUCCAUCUGGAAUGUAGUUACAAUGUAAAUAUGUACCGAUAUAUAUAAAUGCGCUAUUUUUUGCAUGCUUUUUGUACACAUACUCAAAGAAAUAAAAAAAAUAAAU